UGUGUUGGAGAGUCGGGAGGACAUAACGGAGACGGCUCCGGAGAUCACGCACAGACGCAGCUUCACUCGUGAGAUGUGUGUCGGAUCCAGAGGUGUCCCCACAGAUGCGGCGCUUUCACAUCUGGACUGUUCCUCAUCUGGGAGGCUGGCGCGCCGUUUCCCGCGGACGAGCCGAAAAAUGUCUCAUUGUUUGAAUACUUGAGGAGUGACGACAACUUUCCUCUUUCCGGACUUCGGCGCACUAAUCACGGAGGAUGAAACGUGGAAAAGGAGCGCAGCGGAUUUAACAAUGCGAACAGAUCAGAUCCCCGGUCGGGAUUUGCAGUUUUGAGCAGCGGCAGGCAGUUUGGGGUCUCUGCAGCGGGAGGGGAGGGGGGGACACCGAGCAAUGCUGUCUGCGGAGAUGCGCGGUUUGCUGAGGUUCAUGUCCGCGGAUGUUGCAGCUCGCUCGGGCUGCGCACGGUGCCUCUGGGCGGCUGUGAUUGGACCGGACACAGACUGGGGCUGACUGAUGUUUGUCCGAGAGGAAAUGUUUCGGGGAGGAGAGCAAUAUGAGUUACGGGCGCACGCGAGCAGGGGGGAGAUGCCAGUCUUCACGAGCACAGGUAUCACUAUGAGGACGGAGGAAAACGUGCAGGCAUGAGGAUUUUUUUCUCUCCUCUUGGAUUAAAAUGCAAAACAGAGGGGAAAGAUGUUUUUACCUUGAGACAUUUCUGUAGAUUUAAUGCGUUUUGUUGCCUUGUUGUUAUAAGAUUUGUACAAGUGGAUAUGGAUUGUGUUCGCUCUUGCACUAAAGUUUUUUCCCCUCUUCUUGACUAUCAUGCAUGGGACUUUGAUGUUGCAUCAUUUGUCUUAUGAAAUAUACAUUUUUUUGGACUCUCAGAAAAUAUAUUUCACCUGGACUUUUACAUUGAAAUAACACCUGAAGUUAUGGGACAUUCCGACAACAUUUCCAAAGCGGAAAACAAGCUGUUGCCUGAUUUUGAAAUCCGGUAAAAUGUAUUCACACAUACCCGGCAGCAUGGCAGUGAACUGGGUGGUGUAUUGUGUUUUUUUGCUGCCGCUGUUCGCGGUGGGGACAGCUUUCUCUGGGGUCUUCAACGCCACAGACAGAGACGUUUUUACAGAUGAUAUGCUGCAGGUCAAGCUCACACACAGCAGAGCGACUGAGCAGUGGAAACUCCAGUCUGCUGAUUCCCACCCCAACCUGUAUUUUAACCAAGUGGACGUGCUGCACUUGAGGCAAAGGUCCUCCACCACCCACAGUCACAUAUUUAAAGUCAUCCGGGCGGCUGCGCUCACCAUGCUGUCUAAUGUGGCCUUUUACAUGCCUCCUGUGAAACAUGCAGAGUUUACAAGCAAGUGGAAUGAGAUUUAUGGGAACAAUCUGCCCCCCCUGGCUCUCUACUGCCUGUUGUGCCCAGAGGACUCUGCUGCCCUGCAGUUUCUUAUAAAGUUUAUGGAUCGGAUGGCUGAAUACCCAGACUGGAAGGUGACCAGUGCCCCCAACGACGAGGUCCCCAUGGCGCACUCUCUCACCGGGUUUGCUACUGCUUAUGACUUUAUUUACUCCUACCUGGAUGAACAGCGGCGGGAUGUUUACCUCAAGAAGAUUCGCUCUGAGACAGAGGAGCUGUAUGAGCUCUCUAAGUACAGGGGGUGGGGGAAACAAUAUCUCCAGAAUCAUCAAACCACGAACAUAUUAGCCGUCCUGACUGGUGCAAUCGUGGUUGGAUCGCAUGACGACCCAGAGUCGAUGAUCUGGAAACAGGUGGCAGUGAACUACAUGGAGAAAACUAUGUUUCUCUUGAACCAUGUUGUCGACGGGUCUCUGGAUGAGGGGGUAGCCUAUGGGAGCUACACAGCCAAGUCCAUCACGCAGUAUGUCUUCUUAGCUCAGCGCCAUUUCAACAUUGACAACUUGCAGAACAACUGGCUGCGGGGACACUUCUGGUUUUAUUACGCCACGCUGUUGCCGGGGUUUCAGAGAACAGUCGGCAUCGCAGACUCCAACUACAACUGGUUCUAUGGGCCGGAGAGCCAGCUGGUUUUCCUCGACACGUUCGUGAUGAGGAACGGAACCGGCAACUGGCUGGCUCAACAAAUUCGAAAGCACCGACCCAAGGACGGUCCCAUGGGGCAGUCGUCCGCCCAGCGCUGGGCUACGCUUCACACAGAAUACAUCUGGUACAACAACCACCUCACGCCGCAGGCUCCCCACGACUUUGGCAAAGCUAAGAUGCAUAUUUUCUCUAACUGGGGUGUGGUUACCUACGGAGCAGGGCUACCCAACGCUCAGGGUAACACAUUUGUCUCCUUUAAAUCUGGCAAGCUGGGUGGCCGUGCAGUCUAUGACAUUGUCCACGACAAGCCUUACUCCUGGGUGGAGGGCUGGAACAGCUUUAACCCAGGUCACGAGCACCCUGAUCAGAACUCUUUCACAUUUGCUCCUAAUGGACAAGUAUUCGUGUCUGAAGCACUUUAUGGCCCAAAGUACAGCUAUCUUAACAAUGUUUUGGUGUUCAGUCCGUCUCCCACCAGCCAGUGUAACAGCCCGUGGGAGGGUCAGUUGGGGGAGUGCGCUAAGUGGCUGCGCUGGACUGACGAGGGCGUGGGCGACGCGAGGGGGGAGGUGAUUGUCGCCUCCUCCCACAGGGACACCAUGUUUGUGAGUGGGGAAGCGGUGUCGGCUUAUUCCCCCGCCAUGAGGCUGAAGAGUGUGUUCAGAGCCUUGGUUCUGCUCAACUCACAGACUCUGCUGGUGCUCGACCACGUGGAGAAGUGGGCCGACUCGCCUCUAACGUCCCUCAGCGCUUUUUUCCACAAUCUUGACAUCGACUUUAAGUACGUCCCUUUCAGAUUCAUGGACAGAUACAACGGCGCGAUGAUGGAUGUGUGGGACGCUCAUUAUAAAAUGUUCUGGUUCGACAGCCAGGGUCACAGCCCCGAUACCAGGAUACAGGAGGCAGAGCAGGCGGCUGAGUUUAAAAAGAGGUGGACUCAGUAUGUCAAUGUCACUUUUCCAAUGACGGGCACAGUCAGCAGGGUAGCUUAUGUGCUACAUGGACCGUAUGUCAAAGUGUCCAACUGUAGGUUUAUGGAUAAUAGCAAAAACGGUGUGAGACUUUCUUUAACCAUAAAUAACACAGAGAAGAUAGUUUCUAUUGCUACAAACUAUAAAGACAUAGGAGCUAGGUUGACUUAUCUAGGAUUUGGAGGUCACGGUAAAGUUGAGGACAGGUAUCAAAUCACUCGAUACGGCCUUGGGACGCAACUCAUCCCCAAACAAAUUAGUAGUGAUAAUCAGCUGUUUGACUUUGGGUUCACAGUCAAUGUGAUAGCAGGGGUCGUUCUCUGCGUGGCCAUCGGGUUUUUGACCAUGCAGAGAAAGUUUUAUGUCUGCUUCAGCAGGCUGAUGCGUUACGCCCUCCUCUCUGUGCUCAUUCUGUGGAUAGCAGAGCUGCUGUUUGUGUCUAACAGCUGCGAUCAGCUUCUCUGUGGGGUAAAAUGGAAAGGUGCGGGUGCCAAAAGCGAAGUAAACAAACAAAUCAGACUGUACGAGCAGCACCGGCUCCCCCUGCCCACCGUCGUCAUAACAACCCUUCCCGGCUCUGGAUCAGAAAUACUCAAGCACCUUUUCUACAACAGCUCAGACUUUGUUUACAUAAGAGUUCCCACCGAGCACGUGGACAUUCCUGAGACCGAGUUUGAGUUUGACUCUCUGGUCGACGCCUGUGAGUGGUCAAGGUCAGACGCCGCGCACGGACGGUUUAAGAUUAUUCAGGGCUGGCUGCAUUCGCUGGUCCACAACACUAAGCUGCACUUGCAAAAUAUUCAGCUGGUGGAGGGCAGCAGGGUCAAACAGCCCCAGAGACUCGGCCCCUCUAGGGACAGAAAGAAAAGAUCCAGGCGGAGAGAGCCGGCGUCUGAGCUGAAGGGCAAGCUGAGAGCCAGCCUGGACAGAGAUGCAGAGUAUGUUAGGGAGAUGAGGCGCCAUGUUGCGGAGUACCCUAACGCCCGGGUGGUCCUCAACUUGCGGAGUGGAAGCUGGGCGCUCAAACUGCCUUUCAUUCAGGAAGUUGUGGGACCUUCCCUCAGGACAAUCUACCUGGUGAGAGACCCUCGAGCGUGGAUUUAUCUCAUGGUUUAUAACAGCAAACCCAGCCUUUACUCCCUUAAAAACAUCCCGCAGCACCUUUCCUUGAUAUUCAAGGAGGAUGUCAGGGAUGGGUGCCCGACUGUGGCGCCGGAGUUUAGGAUCAUUCAGAGGCUGCUGUCCCGCUCAGAGACAAACCCCAUCCUGAUACUGGCUCAUCUGUGGCUGGCUCACACCGCAGCGGUGCUGAGGGUCAGCGAGGGCCUCCCCGAGGAGUCCUACCUCCAAGUGAGGUUCGAGGACGUGGUCAACUACCCGCAGGAGACGGCGGAGAGCAUUCACACCUUUCUGGGGGUGCCUGUCUCACCCGCAGCCCUCAACCAACUGAUAUUCACCACCUCCACGAACCUGUACAAUCUAAUGUACGAGGGGGACAUUUCACCAGCCAACAUUAACAUGUGGAGACAAAAUAUGCCUCGAAAGGACAUCAGACUCAUAGAGGACGUGUGUGGGAGUGUGAUGAAGAGGCUGGGUUACACCAGGGUUGCCAGUUAACGCACUGCUGCUGGUCAGCUGGUAUGGAGCUGUCUUGUUUACUGUCUCUUCGAGUUUCAAAAAGUUUAUGUUUUUUUUGCACUGACCUUAAAUUUAAGAAGAUGUUACAAGUUGAGGAAAAACUGGGUCGUAUUUCUGCCUGUGUUUUCUUUUUGUUUGUUUGGGUGUAUGUCAGGUGUUGUACAGACUACAGCAACAGAUGUUUGUGAGGGAGGAAUAUUUUACAUUAAAAUAGGCGGAAGGGAGCUGAUGUUGUUAUUAUCCCCCCCCCCCCCCCAGCAGCCCUUCACACUUACUUGUAGCACUCUUUUAUUGAAUGAGACUUUAGACCUUUGCUGUCUGACAUGCAGAGGAGCACCACUGACUUUCAGCAUAAAUUUCAUGUUUCUGCAGCGUCCUACAACAGCUCAGUUUCUCAGAGGAGAUUAAUUCCUGUAUGUCUUAGUAAGAGAUGAGAAAAAUGAGAGCUUUUCUCAUCCCUAAUCUGUGAUGUCAGAGAGGUGUUUGUGCAAAAUCAAUAUCUGUUAUUACUGGCAUUAUUUUUUCGCAAAGGGAUCAAGGGACGUUUCCUUUUUUGGAGCAGAAAUGUUACGAAGCUCAUUAACAAGUAGGACUAUUUACUGACAGUCCUCUAAUUUGUAGCUUCGGGUGAGAAUUUCCAAGGACUAAUUUGGCUGUCGUGAAUUUAAUAUCUGAGCUAAGUGUGCGGAUUCCCUUUAAAACUAAAAAAGAAGUAAUGCUGCAAUGUAUAGAUUAUUUUGCAAAGUAGAGAAUAAGAUUAUCGCGGUGCUUUAUUGCUCUAAUAUAGACAUAUGAAUGAUAUGGAUUGUAUUUUCAUUACAGCAGUAGAGAGACUUUAUUUGAAGCUCAAAGAUGUCAUGACGGUUUGGUGGCUUAGCACUUUCACAGGGACUUCUUUGAUUGUAUGUGGGAUUCAGUGCAUUUUCCAAAGCUAAACUUUACUGUAAGCUUGGAAGUAUAAAACCUCUGAAGAUAUAUAAAUCUCAGAAGAUGUUAGGUCUAGAAGAAAGAAAGUUAGGAGUAUUUAUGGGUUCCAAAGACACAUAUCCCAAAGGAUCAGGAAUGAAUAUGAUUAUUAUAACUCCCUUUGGCAUUUAUUGAAUUAGAUCAGAGGGAAGUGCUUAAUAGGGAUCAAACUGAAAAAAAAACCUGUCAGCCUUGACACAUUUCUAGUCAAAGCAAUUUCCAAAGCAUCCCCCUCAGCUACUCAUAUUAAUCUGCAAAAUGCCAUAACUGAGUCUCACCCUGUGUUUUAUGGCCGUGCUAUCUCCACUAUGAAGGCGAACGGCACAAGUUUCCAUUUGCUGUCGUGGUCAAUCAGAUAUCCAAUGAUCUUUUUGGGCCUUUGUCUUGAAAGAGUUCAGCGAGCCGUGGACUGAACAGGGGAUGAAUAUUAAGUAUAGCUAAAGGAAAAGAAAAAAAAAGAGACCAUUUCUACUCUGUGAUGUUACGCUCUUUGGCCUGGGCAAAAAUGUACGCUCCUCAGUAACCCUUGAUGCUGUCUCGCUUCAACAUUUCUGUACUGUAAAUGGAUCACAUGUAACAUGCAGAUGGUUCACUCAAUUAUAGACUUUCUAUUGCAUCUGUACACAAAAACACAUACUGUGCUCAUUUGGAAAUAUCCAUCCUUCCUCAGCUAGAAACAGUCCUGUUUGUUUUCUUCUCUAUGAACACUGAAACCCUUGACUGCCUGGAAAACCCGUUUGAUGUUUGUGGUCUUUGAAUGUGUAGACUUGGCAGACAUGCUUUCACUUUGGUGUUGCAAUCCUGUUACCAACUCUGUUUUGUAUUUGCUCGUGGGGAUAUGGUUCCUUGCUUCUGUGGCCUUGAAUUACAAUCACUUCUUUAUAACGGUUUUCUGUGGGCUCUGGAGCAGGAGGUGGAGAUAAUGUAAAGAAAAUAAUAAAUUCAUAAAUAUAUCA